GGCUAAAUAAAAAGAUAUUGAAAAAAAAGCUCAGUUAUACAAGAGCUCAACAUGAAAAUUCAUUUUUUGCUCGCCGUUUUAUUACUCAAAUGCGCAAACGGCGAUGAAAGUGAGUCUUCAAGCAGUGAAGAAGAAGUCUCAUUACGACAGAAAUUCGAAGACUACUUCCCGAGCAUUUAUUCUCUACAUGGAAUACCGCAUGGGCUAGGAGUAGUGAGAUCAGGAAAUAUUUUGCUACGAAACGGUGGUACCAAUCGGCAAGACCAAGAAUACCAGUAUCCGUCGAAGUGGAAGCCCCCCCGACCGGAAUUCCUGAAAAACUACAAGAACGAAAGAAAACCACGGAAACCCAACAGCGAUGAAUCACCUGAGGACGAUUUCCAGCUUCCCCCCAAAUGGAAACCACCCCGACCGGAAUUCCUGCAGAAAAAACCGAAACCGGAAGAAAUUUACGAAGUUGAGCAAAUGGUACAAGGACAAGAUGAUGGUGAAUUUCACCUCCCGCCGAAGUGGAGACCCCCCCGUCCGGAAUUCAUGAAGAACUACAAGAAGCAAAAAAAACCACAACGGAAACCCGACAGCGAUGAAUCACCUGAGGACGAUUUCCAGCUUCCCCCCAAAUGGAAACCACCCCGACCGGAAUUCCUGCAGAAAAAAUCGAAACCGGAAGAAAAGCAAAAAAAACCACAACGGAAACCCGACAGCGAUGAAUCACCUGAGGACGAUUUCCAGCUUCCCCCCAAAUGGAAACCACCCCGACCGGAAUUCCUGCAGAAAAAACCGAAACCGGAAGAAGUUCAUGAAGUUGAGCAAGAGAUACAAUUAGAAGAUGAUGGGGAAUUUCACCUUCCGCCGAAAUGGAGGCCCCCCCGUCCGGAAUUCCUAAAGAACCGAGAGAAGAGACCUCGCCCAAAACCCGUUAAUGAGGAUCCACCGGACGAUUUUGUACUUCCUCCGAAAUGGAAACCCCCCAGACCGGCAUUCCUGGAGACUCGCAAAUCUUCAAACACGAGAUAUACAGAAAUACAUGCACCCAACACGCCCAGAUUUGCCCCUGAUCUGCAAACCGACAACCCUUUUAUGGACCUUCCGGCUUGGAGAAGCAAGCCGCUUCAACCGAGAUUUCAAACAAAUCCCUCUCCUGUUACAGGAUCUCCAAGUACAAGAAGCAUUAUCCCAGAAUACGACCCAUCGCAGCGCGGCGCAUUCGAUCCCUGGAUUAAUAAAGCACCCGAUUACCCCUUCCCGGCCUACCCAAUCUUGAGAAGCGAGCCCCAUAAACCGAGAUGGAUAGAACUCCGACCAGAGUUCCUGCAUGAAUAUUUCAGAGCGUUCAGACCGCAGGUGAGACCCCCUCCGCCGGCUUUCCUCCAGAAUCCACGGGAAUUCCAUGACUACGACUACCACGAUGGGUAUCAUACAGAUGUAUACAAAGGUAAUAUUGAGGAAGCAUUUCGCCUUCCGCCGAACUGGGGGCCCCCUCGCCCGGCUCUCCUACAGCCCUAUGACAGGAUGAACUCUCGGAGACCAACUUGUUCAGCUCCAUCGUACGAACAUCCACCGUUACGGAGACCACCUAGGCCCUACGAACAUGUCCGAUCUAGUAACCAUUGGUAGGUACUGCAGUACCUACCACUUGAUGAAUAAAGGACCACAUUGUCAUUAACAUCAUUGUAGAAAUAAUUCAGAAAAAUA